GAAGUCUGCGGUGACUUGGUUUCCGCUGAAAUGACGACGUUAGUGCUGGAUAACGGAGCUUACAACGCCAAAAUCGGUUACAGCCAUGAAACUGUCUCAGUUAUUCCAAACUGUCAGUUCCGAUCAAAAACAGCACGUCUUAAAACUUUUACUGCUAACCAGAUAGAUGAAAUAAAGGACCCUUCUGGACUCUUUUAUAUUCUUCCUUUUCAAAAGGGCUACUUGGUGAAUUGGGAUGUUCAAAGACAAGUUUGGGAUUACCUUUUUGGAAAAGAAAUGUAUCAGGUUGACUUUUUAGACACUAAUAUUAUUAUCACAGAACCAUAUUUUAACUUCACUUCAAUUCAAGAAUCAAUGAAUGAAAUCUUAUUUGAAGAAUACCAGUUUCAAGCAGUAUUAAGAGUAAAUGCUGGGGCUCUCAGUGCACACAGGUAUUUCCGAGAUAAUCCUUCCGAGUUAUGCUGUAUCAUUGUAGAUAGUGGAUAUUCCUUUACACAUAUAGUUCCUUACUGUAGAAGUAAGAAGAAAAAAGAAGCGAUUAUUCGGAUAAAUGUGGGAGGAAAACUCCUAACCAAUCAUCUAAAAGAGAUCAUAUCUUAUAGACAGUUACACGUUAUGGAUGAAACUCAUGUGAUUAAUCAAGUGAAAGAAGAUGUAUGCUAUGUGUCUCAGGAUUUUUAUAGAGACAUGGAUAUUGCCAAGUUGAAAGGAGAAGAAAAUACGGUAAUGGUAGACUAUGUUUUGCCUGACUUUAGUACAAUUAAAAAGGGCUUUUGUAAGCCAAGAGAAGAGAUGGUGUUAAGUGGAAAAUACAAAUCUGGGGAACAAAUUCUUCGUUUGGCCAAUGAGAGAUUUGCUGUUCCAGAAAUACUCUUCAAUCCUUCUGAUAUAGGCAUUCAAGAAAUGGGGAUUCCAGAAGCUAUUGUCUAUUCAAUUCAGAACUUACCUGAAGAAAUGCAGCCACAUUUUUUUAAGAACAUCGUUUUGACAGGAGGAAAUUCCCUUUUCCCAGGAUUUAGGGAUCGAGUUUACUCAGAAGUUCGAUGUCUCACUCCAACAGAUUACGAUGUUUCUGUUGUGCUGCCUGAAAACCCUAUUACUUAUGCCUGGGAAGGUGGAAAAUUGAUAUCAGAGAAUGACGAUUUUGAAGAUAUGGUGGUAACAAGAGAAGAUUAUGAAGAAAAUGGACAUAGCAUCUGUGAAGAGAAAUUUGAUAUUUAAGAAACAUUUCUGAAAGUUCUGACUUUCUAUGACAAAGGUUUAAUUUUCAGCGUUCUUUUUAAAGGAAGUUAAGGACCUGUGUUAGCUUUCAUCCCAAGAUAACAUCUUGAACUUAUCUAAAUACUUUGAUCCCUGGCUAAUUUUCAAAGGUUUCUUAGCUAGGUUAGUAAGUAAACUGUAACUCACCCCAUAUUUUCAUUAUUUUAGCUAGACUUAUUCUAACAAUGCUUAUGCUGUUUCUGAGAGUAAGUUACCUUUCAUUAAAAGAUGAAAAAGUGAGUGUAAUUUAAGUUUGAUUCUUUAUAGCCAAAAACACAAACUUAACCGUCUCACUGGUCAGGUUUCCUUAGAAGGUAGUUUUGUGUGACUCAGAAUUGACCAGUGUGUGUUCAUCAUUUCCCUUCCCCAGUGGAGAUACAAUUUCUC